ACGAGAGCGGAAGUUUCUCUCCAUCUCUCAGUUCAGAUUCUGGAGAAAACUCCUCUGGGUUUUUGUCUCGUUAAACCCUAGAUUAUUCCCCAUUCUAAACCCAGGGAGGAUAGCUAAAUUCUGUGGCUCGAACUUCUAGACAAUGGAUUUAGAGGAUAAGUUCCUCACUAGAGGCUCGCUUUCGUCAUGCAGUUUCAGGUGUUCAAAGCCUUUCUUCUAGUGUUCAAAGCACUCCUGAGAAAAAUGGCCAUUCAGAUGAUGCUUCAAGAAGUCCAGAACUCCUCCAGGAGUUCCUAAAAUCUGGCCCAAGAAAGGAGCUUCUUCGAACCUGCUUUGAUAAAGAGAAGAAAAACUCAGCUUCAUCAAAAAGCAAAAUGACAGAAGCUCUGAAGACAAGCAGCAAGAUGGCAAAGAAGUUGGAGCCGAGAAAAGCCUUGUCCAAUGGGAACAGUCAACCUUCCUCUAAGAAGCAAAGCAGAAAGGGGGAAAACCCAGUACGAGUGCCCACAGGACCUGAGCAAUCUCUAGAUUUUGCGUAUUCAAACUCAUGGAUCUGUAAAAAUUCUGCCUGUAGAGCCACUCUAUCCAUAGAUGACACAUUUUGCAAAAGGUGCUCUUGUUGUAUCUGUCAUUUAUUUGAUGAUAAUAAGGAUCCUAGCCUUUGGUUGGUGUGCACAUCCGAAUCUGGUGAGGGGGACUAUUGUGGAUUAUCAUGCCAUAUGGAAUGUGCCCUUCAACAUGAGAAGGUGGGGGUUGUUGAUCUUGGCCAAUUGAUGCAACUAGAUGGAAGUUAUUGUUGUGCUUCUUGUGGGAAAGUUUCGGCAAUACUUGGCAGGUGUUGGAAGAAGCAGCUAAAUAUUGCCAAAGAUGCCCGCCGCCUUGAUGUUCUCUGUUAUAGAAUCUACUUGAGCUACAGGCUCCUGGUUGGGACUUCUCGGUUCAAAGAACUACAUGAGAUUGUGAAAGAUGCGAAGGCCAAACUUGAAACAGAAGCUGGUCCACUGAAUGGAGUUUCUGCCAGGAUGGCACGGGGCAUUGUGAGCAGACUUAAAGUUGCUGGGGACGUGCAAAAACUCUGCUCUCUUGCAAUUGAGAAGGCAGAUGAAUGGCUUGCAACCAUGGCGAGUGGAAAUCAAAAUUGUCGAGAUUCACGUCCUGCUGCUUGCAGGUUCUUAUUUGAAGAAGUAACAUCAUCCUCUGUUGUAAUUACGUUGAUUGAAUUGUCUACCACAUCAUCUGAUGAGAUUAAGGGGUACAAACUCUGGUAUUGCAAGAGUAGAGAUGAGACACCUUCAAAAGAACCUAUCUGUGUCUUUCCAAGAACUCAGAGAAGGAUUUUGAUAUCCAACCUGCAUCCAUGUACAGAGUAUACCUUCCGUAUUGUUUCUUAUACUGAGGCUGGUGACUUGGGUCACUCUGAAGCUAAAUGUUUCACAAAGAGUGUUGAGAUUAUUAAUAAGAAUGCUAAUUCAGAAGCAGCCAUAAAUCGGAAGAAACAGAAUAGCCUUGUUGAAGGAAGCUCUUUAGAUUCCAAGAAGGAGCUCAAAACUAAGGAUUCAGAUGAUUCUUGUGGUUUUAAGGUUCGAGACCUUGGAAAGAUCCUGCGUCUGGCUUGGGCCCAAGAGCAUGGCUGCUUUGAAGGGUUCUGUAGUGCUGAUAUAGAAAAAUGCUGUGGAGCAAGCAAGGUUGUCAAGCCUGAAACUGUUGAAGAGGAUCAUUUGCCAAAUGUUUCACGGGGGCUUGACUUAAAUGUCGUUUUAGUGCCUGAUUUAAAUGAAGAGCUAACACCUCCAUUUGAGUCCUCUAGAGAUGAAGACAAUGAUUGCACUUUGGAGCAGGCUGUGGAGGCAGAUGAUGAUGCUGCUUCUCAUGACUUGCAAAAGAAAGGUUUAGCUAGAUCUCAUGGUAGCGGUGAUUCCCAAACGUGGACUCACAGGCCAACAGAAGUGCCUGCAGUUGAUUCCUGUGCAGGUUUGUGCAGGAAAAGGGCAGCAAACUCUAAUGAAGAGACACAUGACUGUGAUAGCACUCUGAUAAAUGUGUCACCAUUCAGAAUCUCUAAUGGUUCAGGUCCAUUGGAUGAAAACUUUGAGUACUGUGUGAAAAUAAUCAGAUGGCUAGAAUGUGAGGGUCAUAUUAGCCAGGAAUUUAGGUUAAAACUACUAACAUGGUUUAGUUUGAGAUCAACAAAACAAGAGCGUAGGGUUGUCAAUACCUUCAUUCAAACUCUUAUUGAUGAUCCAAGUAGCCUGGCAGGACAGUUGGUUGACUCGUUUUCAGAUAUCAUAAAUAGCAAGAGGCAACGAAAUGGAUUCUGUAGUAAGUUGUGGCAUUAGAUAAGACAGGGCAUUUUAAACCCGGGAUUCCUAUUUGCUUAGAGAUCAUUUUUUCCAGGGUGAUAGAUUUAACCCUGAUUGCUUCGCCGACUUUGUACAGGAAUUUUUUCCAAAUCAGGUGAUCCAUUUGUACCAUGGACUAGUUUAUCCGGCUAAAAAAGAUUUGGGACAUUGAUUGAUGGCAUGGAUCCUAUUUUUCAAGGGGCGGCUUGGACCAGGAAAAUUCAUAUUGUAAUUGUAGUAGGCAUCUUCAAUUCUCCUAAAAUACCCUAGUUUUAUUUGGUAAAAGCAUAUAAUUUAUGGAGAAAAGAUAUGUAUGGAUCCUAUUUUUAUUGCCUUGCAUGAUUCAAACAAGGGUUUAUGAAUUGAUCUCAAAUUUU